AUUUUCUCUAUUUUAGGCAAUAAAUUUAUACAAAAGUGGAAGAAUAUCAAGGACACCUACACAAAAAGUGAAAAAAAAAAAUUAAAAUCUGGACAAGCUGCUGAGGUAGGUAAACGGUAUGUUUAUGCUCGACAGCUAUCGUUUUUGCAAACUGCUGGUGCUACAACAGAAACGCAGUCCAGUUUAGGUGGAGAACAAGAAGAAUUGAGUGAGUCUGAACAAAUAACAUCAAAACAAAAAGAGUCUGAAACUCCUCCUAUCUAUACCCAAAACUAAACCAAAAAACGCAAACAUGACUUCGAGACUACUUUAAUUGAUUUUAUGAAUGCACCAAUUCCUUCUCCGAUUGUACCACCCGUUUCAGAAACCAAUCCAGACAGAUCAUUUUUUGAAAGUGUCCUACCAUCUAUCAGUAAUUUCACCGAAGAUCAAAAGCUUGAAUUCCGUUGUGAAGUUAUGAAAAUCAUACAGCGAAUGAGGAAUCCACCAGCUAUACAAAAUUAUGAACAUUCUCCUAACUUUCCACACUAUACACCUACACAUGUAUCCGGUCCUUUCUAUCCUUCACCUCACCAUUCCAAUUACUUAAACCGUCAUCAAGUUCCCAUAUCUCAAACACGUCUAACUACUUCAUUACCUCAACCACAAAGUCCGAGCAUGAAUUUUAAAAUAAUAUCUCCAUCAGCCUCGUCUUCCACAACUAUGGACAAUCAGGCAUACAGCGAAGAAGACAGUAUCGACAUUUUCAGGGAUGGAACUUAAGUUAUUCGAUAAUAAUGUUUUGUAUGAAUUUUAAAAUUGUGUUAGAAUUUAUUACUAUUUUUUUUGUAUCUAGUUUCUACUUAAUGUA